GUGUAUUCGACUAGGACUUCACCUCCAGUUGAUUCUUUGUCUAAGGCUUUACGCGCUUGUCAUUCCCAACCUUUGUCCAUGAUGGAGUAUGCUCAGAAUACUUCGUCAAGUAUAAUCAGUCUGGCAGAGCAUUUCGGUACCCGCAUCUCUGAUCAUGUUCCAGAAACACCUAACAGGCUUUCUGAGGAUAUGAUUAAGUGCAUGUCAGCCAUAUAUUGCAAGCUAGCAGACCCGCCUUUGACACAUAAUGGCCUGUCAUCUCCCAAUUCGUCUAUGUUAUCGAUGAGUGCAUUUUCUCCACAAGAUCAGUGUGAUAUGUGGAGUCCAGGGUUCAGGAAUAAUUCUUCUUUUGAUGUACGCUUAGAUAAUCCUUUCCAUGUGGAAGGACUCAAGGAGUUCAGUGGACCAUACAGCACCAUGGUUGAAGUCCCUCGGAUUUACAGAGAUGGUCAGAAACUGGGUGAUACUGAACAUCUGCUACAAAAUUUCAGGUCCCUUAUUUGUCGAUUAGAAGAAGUAGAUCCUAGGAUGUUGAGUCAUGAAGAGAAGCUAGCAUUCUGGAUUAACAUACACAAUGCGUUGGUGAUGCAUGCAUAUUUGGCUUAUGGGAUUCCACAAAACAAUGUAAAGAGAGUUUUUCUACUCUUAAAGGCAGCAUAUAACAUUGGGGGUCACAUCAUCAGUGCAGACACUAUACAGAGUUCUGUCCUAGGUUGCAGAAUGUCUCGUCCUGGGCAGCCAAAUUUAAAUGCAUCAUCCACGGUUUUCUUAAGUGAGCGUGCUGUUCCUGUUGCAAUAUUUGAAACUGAUGCUGAAAUAAUGAAGCAUUAUGUGCGGAGAUGGUGCAAGAUUUCAUCAGAUGUGGGCAUUCGAUCCAUUAUUGACUGGUCUUAUUACAAGCAAAGGCUUAGUUCAGCAAUUCAGAAAGUUAUUACCAUUCCUGCAGCAAUGCAAAAGGUUGCGAAUCCCGUCCCUAGGGUACUGCAUCCUGAUUGGCUGCAUAAGAAGGUUCGUGAGAAGGAGGACAAGUUUCGACAACGCAAAUUAGUUGAUAUCUUCAGCUCGUUGAACAGGGAUGCAUUUUUGAAAAAGAAUAGUGAUGCUGCUGGCGCCAAUGGUGUGAUGAAUGAAGAAAUUGUUAAAGACUUGGAGGACUUUGGAAACAAAAGCAGAAAAUCUGUAACUGGACCUAGGAUACCUGCAGACUGGGAGGAUAGGGAAUAUAUUGAUGAUCCUAGUGAGGUUAAACCUGAGGGAUAUGAUUCAAUUCCAAAAGAAAUUCCAGACCCAAAAGCUAAAGAGCCUGAUAACUGGGAUGAUGAAGAGAAUGGUGCGUGGAAACCCCCAAAGGUACCUAAUCCAGCGUAUAAAGGACCAUGGAAGCCCAAAAAAUUAAGAACCUUGGAUUAUAAAGGAAAGACUCCUUGGAUUGAUAAUCCAGAGUUUGAAGAUGACCCUAAUGUUUAUGGGCUUAAGCCAAUUAAGCAUGUAGGAAUUGAGGUUUGGCAGGUAAAGGGUGGGUCAGUUUACGACAAUGUUUUGAUCUGUGAUGACCCAGAUUAUGCAACACAAGUUGUGGAAGAAGUAUUUGCAAACAGGGAGAUUGAAAAAGAGGCCUUUGAGGAAGCAGAGAAAGUGAGAAAAGCACGAGAGGAAGAGGAAGCUCAAAGAGCAAGAGAAGAAGGUGAAAGGAGGAGAAGAGAGCGGGGUUCUGAUCGACGGUACAGGGAUAGAUAUAAGGACAGAUACAGAAGGGACCGUCGUGAUUACAUGGAUGAUUACCAUAAAUUUCUACUGAACAAACGUGAAAUGGAGUUGUUGAAGUUAGAAAACAAGGUUAGGUUUAUCCUUGCAGUUGUGAAGGGAGAGAUCAUUGUAAGUAAUAGGAAGAGAGCUGAUCUGUUUGUUGAGCUGCAAACAAAAGGUUUCACUCCUUUUCCAAAGAAAACUAAAGCUGUUGAGCCAGAAGUUGCUGGUGCAACUGAUGAUACAGAAGAAACAGAAGUGAAAUCUCCUGCUGACAGCAGUAGUAAUGGGGUACAGAUAAGUGAUUAUGAGUAUCUACUGGCCAUGGCAAUUGGAAGCUUGACCAUUGAGAAGGUUCAGGAGUUAUGCGCUGAAAGGGAUAAGGUCAAUAAGGAGGUUGAUGAUUUGAGAAAGGAAACUCCAAAGUCCUUUUGGAGGACAGAUCUUGAUGCUUUGGAGGGGCAACUCGAUGAGCUAGAGAGAAGUGAUGUGAGUCAGAGGAGUUAAGAAAGAAAAUGAGAGGCAAAGCAAGGGGUGAAGCUGCUAUGAAGUCUGCUAGACAAGCACCCAAGAACCCACGGAAGAACAAUAAUAAGAAGGCAAAUAAUGCAGAAUCUGUUGCAGAAGCUGUCUCGUCAUCUGUGGCUGCAAUGGAAAUUGAGAAAGCUCCUGAGGCAG